AUGGCACUAAAUCCUACGUUAAUUCAAGGGAAUGAUCACUUAUUUCCUGCCAACAAAGGAUCAGAAUAUACCUAUUUAAGAAGAGAAAAUGUUAAAUUGAAAUUAUAUUUGCCUGAUAGAACGAUAAAGGAGGACGGGAUGAUAUUCUUAACAAGCAUACGAUUAGUAUUUGUUAAAAGCGAAAAGAGUAGAACGAACGUGAAUUUUACAGGGGUAGAAUUGCCUUUAAACUUAAUUGAAAAACCAAAAUUUGAACAGCCUGUAUUUGGAUUAAAUUAUCUUUCGGGUAUUGUAAAACCAUUAGUUGAGCAUCCAAAUAGUUUAAAGAGUUCAUGCAAAUGGAAUAUUGUGUUUUUGAAUGGAGAGUGUAGUAGUUUUUUAAAUUAUUUUUUUAAAGUAUAUGAUGCUGCAAAAAAAAACAAACCUUUAGGUGCUUUAAAUGAAUUUAAUGAACAAUUUUUUUCUAAUUCUAAUGCUUAUGUGGAUCCUAACGAUCCAACAUUUCUAUAUAUAAAUGAACCUAAUGCUGAAAACCUUUAUAACCCUCAAGGUAUAUCACAGAAUCAUUAUAUAUCUUCAAAUAAUCAAAAUAACAAAGAGAUUCCAGUUUAUAAAAGACCUUACGGAGCUCAACAGAAUAGUGGUAACAGUAAUAGUAGUAGCAACAAUAAUAGUAGUAAUAAUAAUAGUAAUUAUAAUAUGAAUAAUGCAAGUAAUAUGAUGAAUUAUAGUCAACCCAGUUAUAUGGGUAACUACGACUCAACGAACAAUAGAGGACCUUAUGGUCAACAAACUUAUAUACCAAAUAAUAUGCAAAAUUUCAAUCAAAAUAAUGUAGGUCCACCCAAUUGUGAUAGUCAGAAUAAUAGUUUAUUGCCGCACUAUAACCAGCAAGAUAACAGAUUACUAUAUAAUAAUCCGGAAGGUACUAUGACACAUUAUAAUCAGCAUAACAAUAUAUCUAACUACGAUCAACUAAAUUAUAGAGGUACCUAUAAUCAUCAGGGUCCAAAUAUGAAUAGUGCUAAUGGUAAUAGUAACACCAAUACUGAUACCAACAGUUAUAAUAAUAGUAACCCUAAUAGUUAUGGUAAUAGUAAUAUUAAUAGUAAUUCUAAUAGUUAUGGAAAUAAUUAUAGUAACGCUUCAUAUAACCAACCAGGUAUUAGAACUCAAGGAAAUCAAAGAAUAUAUCCCCUUCACAACCAACCAAAUAGUCAGCAGUUCAAUCCGGCAUAUAGUGAGCAUUUUAACAAUACGUUUAAUCAAAACUGUAGCUUGCCAACAUAUAGUGAGCAAGAGAAUUAUCAUCACUACCAACAAAGCAGUGGUUUGUAUAGUCUACAAAAUGAUCACCAGAGUAUUCGACCGAAUGAUCAGGCGAGUAGUCAGGCCAAUAGUCAGAUGAACAGUCAGACGAAAAGUCAGGAAAAUAACCAGCCGAUUAAUUAG